AUGCGUUUACUUGUUUUAAUAUAUUUAUUUAGUCAAUAUUCUUUAAAUAAAUGUGAUUUUAUUGAUAAAUAUGGUCGACUUCGUGAUAAAUGUCAACAAAAUCCAUCAAAUCGGGAUUGUUUACAAUUGAAAUCAAAAUUUUCGGAUUUAAUUAAAAAAUGUCAAAAACUAACAACACAAGAACAACUUCUUGUUUGUCAACAAAUUAAAACAAAAUUUUGUACUGUUUUUCCAUCAUCUUGUAUUCAAUUAUCAACAACAAAUAUUGUUUUAACAACAGAAAAACCAUCAACUACUAAAAAAUUAGUAAAAACAACAAAAUCAAAAUUAAUAAAAACAACUAAAUCAUCAACAAUAACAUCAAAUAUAUUAAUAAAUGAAACAUUAACCGAUCAAGAAUUUGUUAAAGUUCCAUUCAACCCUGAUGAAUUACGUUUACGUGGUGAAUAUUGUAUUCGACAUGGAAAAGAAAAAAAAUGUAAAGAUUUAUUAAAUAAUCUUAAAAGUACAUAUGCAUCAUGUGCAAAAAACAAAUCUAUAACAACAUCACCAAAACCUGAACAUAUUGAUUGUCAUUCAUUUCAAUCACAUUUAUGUAAAGCAUUUCCAAAAUUUCCACCAUGUAUUAAAAAAACUUCAAAUUAA